AUGUCAAGUUACAGCAACGGAGGACUUUUCAAUCCUGCCUACCAUGACAGCGAAACUUUGGAAAUUGAUAGGUCCUCCAGAAGACCACAGAACACUAACCCAUAUGUCCAGGAAGAACGGGACUGGUGGAAGGACAGAGAAGACUCAGAGAUUGGUCAAAGUGGUGAUGCUGGAGUGAGAGUGCCCUGGGUGGGCUGGAGGGGAGCAGAAAGUAUUCCUAUGGAACUCCAGUCAAGACGCCCACAAAGAUCUGUAUUCCAGCAUGACUUCAACCACAGUCCAUUCCAAAUCGAGCAUGACUAUGAUCACUCGCCACCUAUCCGACCUCCGUCUGCAUCAUCAGGCACAAUGACUAUGAGAUGGAGGGGAGUCGGAUUAAGGAUGAACAUGUUUUCGAGCCAGGAUCCUGCUCAUCUGGCAUUCACAGAGGAGGCCAUCAAGACUGAGUUGGAAAAUGAGGAGAAGAGUCUGGUCAAAGAACUUGUUGACUUGUCAACACGAGACAGAAUCAAGGCCAUACGAGACCUUCCGAUGAGCUUUGAGGAGAAAAAACAUAUAAGGAGUGAAGUGCUGGCAUUUGAAUCUAAGUCUCGUCGGUUCACUUGUUGUGCAGACUGCUCGGAGAGAGCAGCACUGUUUUUUCGCAGGUGCGGCUAUAGUAUCAGGUCAGCCGGGCAGACCUUGGAACUGUGGCAAGGCAUCAUGAAAGAGAUAGGGGGCAGGUUCGGCACCAGUGUGCUCACCUACUUUCUAUUUCUCAAGUGGUUGCUCAUAUUCAACAUAUUCUCCUUCCUGGUUAACUUUGGCUUCAUCACCAUCCCGCUACUGGUUUAUGAUAUCUCCCCCAACUUCCUUCCAAAUGUCAGCUUCAGAGGACUGGAGAUUCUAACUGGAGCUGGUUACUUCAAUUCCACUCUCAUGUACUACGGUGGGUACAGCAAUGAAACUUUUGUGGAGCUGGUAGAAUACAACAUCCAACUAGCCUACUUUUUCACAAUUGCCAUUUACAUGGUGUUGUGCGGCAUUGCGCUAAUCACAAGUAUGGCAAACUCUUUCAAAACAAAUUACAUGCUUGCGGAUCAAGUUUCCAACAGUGCGUGGCAGCUUUUGUGCAGCUGGGAUUUUAACAUCACCAAUGAAAAAGCAGUGAGACAGCGCAAGAACAACCUAAGAGUACAGCUGAAGGAGUCAUUGGCAGAGAAGGCCCAAAGAGAUCGGUUAACCUUCAAUGAAAAGCUCAAGCACAUUGGGAUUCAUCUUGGCUCGUGGCUUCUCUCCACCGGUCUGGCUGUUGGCUGUGCCGCCAGUAUCUAUUUUCUCUGCCAGUAUGAAGAGCAGAACAUGACAGAUGCUGCAAACUGGUCACUGCUUCAAGAGGCAGAAACUCUCCUUGUCCCCUUUGUGGUCUCCUUGAUGAACCUGAUUGUCCCACUUUUCUACUCUUUCUUCAAUAAGUUUGAGCAAUAUUCCAGUCAACGCAGACAGAUCUACAGUCUGUUGCUCAGGAAUGUUUUACUCAAGAUGUUUAUUCUGGGUGUUUUAUGCUACUACUGGAUGAAUGUGGUGGCUCAGAAGUUUUCGUGCUGGGAGUCCAUGGUCGGGCAGGCAUUGUACCGCUUGGUCAUCUUUGACUUUUUCUUCCUAAUGUUGGGAUCCUUCUUUGGAGAGUUUCUCAGCAAUUUCUUAGGAAGAAAAUUCCUACCACGUCUUGGAGUUCCAGAGUUUGACGUUGCCAGAAAUGUCCUUGAACUCAUCUAUGCACAGACUCUAGUCUGGAUUGGAAUCUACUUCUCGCCACUGUUGCCUGCCAUUCAGAUUGUCAAGUUUUUCAUCUUAUUUUUUAUAAAAAAGGUCAGCCUGACUCACAACUGUCAGCCUCCGCGGCGGACAGGCAGAGCAGCUCAGAUGCAAACCAUCUUCAUUGCUCUCCUCUUCUUCCCCUUCUUUGUGGGGGCCCUGUCAAUGGUUGGAUACACUGCAUGGCGACUGACUCCUUCUCAGCAAUGUGGUCCUUUUCGAGGUCUAAAUAACACCUUUGGUGUGGUUGGAAUCUGGAUUGAUGGUAUGGAAGACAUCCCUGGUUCUCAAGGUGCCAUCUGGAUCUAUGAAAAUGUCAUCAAAAGUGAAAUUGUUUACUUCCUCGCCACACUCAUAAUCUUAAUCGUCAUAUAUAUCUUCUGGCAAGUCUCUCAGGGCCGCAAGCACCUUAUUGGUCAACUGAGACAGCAAAUCGUAAAUGAGGGGAAAGACAAAUCCUUUUUGUUGGAGAAACUACAGAACCUCCAGAAAUCUCAUCCAAAUAAGAAACACAAACAGAAGAAUCCAAAACAGCACCCCAAUCGGCGCUUGGGUGGUCAGUCCCACUCGAAUGCGACGGUGCCAGCUUCACUUAAUCGCCAACGAGUUGAGCAAGAGGAGAGCCGCUUCCCAAAAACUGAUUCUCAUCAAAUGGAUGAGCGUCACCCAUUACAUCAGUCGUCUGACAGAUAUGUAUUCUACAAUACAGCAGAAUUUCCUGAAAACCAUUAUGACAGCUCCGCCGAUGUAAUUCAGGCAAGACAAAAACAUGAAGCAGAUAUCGCCCCAGAAAUAGAUGGUUCGUCAUCUUUCAUGUCCAACGCAAUGAUACACGUCAUGCAAGCAAGACAAAGAGCAGAAAGAAAUGAGGGUCUUUAUUGGGACCCUGCUCCCCCUCCUAAUCUACCUCCUGCUAGUUCCAGUGCUCUCAUACAAGCUAUGUUAGUUCGGCAACAAGACCAGAAUGAGUAUGAUGACGGCUACUAAUCCAAAGGUUUCA